CGACUUUACGCGCGUGGUCUUUUACGGCUCGCACAGAGCGCACACAAACUUUUAAACGCAUGCCAGACGACCCACGGGCACUAUAGAGCACGACUGGCACGCAGCGUGCCGCUUCCCGCAUCCCUGUGCAAGAUGCAGUGGGUGCUCACAUUGCUGCUACUCGCCGCGACGCGCGAGACGCAUGCGUCCGAGCCAGCGCUGCGCGUAGCAGCCAUCUUCGUGACACUAUGCACACCUGCCCAAGCUGAGCUGAGCGUCGACGCCUCAGGCGUCGUCCGCGCUACGCUCCGCAAUGGGGAAUCCCUGACGGCCAACAGCGCCUGCGUCGUCGGCUGCAGCGGCCUCGCGUCGAGUGGACGACUCCUCCGGAGCACGCCGCUCGUCGCGCUCGGCCGCAAGAAGCGCUGGUGGCAGCGGGGCUUGCUGCGUAAGAAGGACUCGCCCUUCGCGGCCUACUCGACGCGCGCGGACGAGGCCGUAUUGAUGGUGUCGAGCAGCCGCGUCGGCCACGCGGCGUGCGUCGUGGACGCCUCGAACAGCACCGUCGUCCUCGCGGAGCGGUCGGUCUUGUGCGCGACGCCGGGGACGGAGUUGGAGGCGUCCAAGAACGGGCUCGUCACUGUCAAGAGAGGUACAGUAGCUGUGCAGGGGCCAGGGCGCGUCGUGGCGCACUCGGUGCCCAAGGGCGGGCGGCUCGACGCCCGUUCACAACGCGUCGUGGCAUGGACUCUUCAGUCCGAAACCACAAAUGACGCCAAGGACUGGCGGGCGUUCGUCGGGCCCGCCGUCGUCUACCUGGCCUCGGCCGCGCCGCCCGCGCCUCUUGGUCGUUUGUUGCGGAUGAGAGCUUCACCGUCGAAGGGCGGCCUGAAGAGUGUUGUGAAGGGUUCUUUACGUAAAGCCGCGCUCUCGCUCGUCGCGGCGCUCCUGUUGCUGCUGGGCAGCCUCGUCGCGCGGCCGGAGAAAUCCGUGAGCGACCUCCCGGGCGAGGUCCUGGCGCUCUACCGCGGCGGGCGCCGGGCGGCCGCCGCGAUCACCGCGGGAACGGCAGCGGCGAGCCGUGCCGCGGGCGCGGCGCGGCGCGAGUUGCAGGGCGAUCCGAGUAAUGAGACCUAGUGAUACAAGC